CAGUUCAACAGGGGAUAAUUGAUGGCAAGCGACAAUAGAGCCAGGAAACGAGGGCUUUAAUCACAUCAGCGACGAAGCAGACAUACAUGCAUCUUUGACGGCCCCAAGUACUUGCCCUCUCUCAUGCCCGGAACCCAGUACGACCGCCUACAAGCGAAGCAAGUUACCAAGCGGCGCAGCAAUAGCAAGGACGAAUCGGGGGUGCGCCAGUGAGACUGUUGGAACGGCCCGGGACGGGCGACGGGACGAUCUGUCCUACGCGUGGAGGACAAGAGAUUCGGGGGGAAAUGGCCAGCCUCGGGCCUAAUCAAGUGGGUUUGGGUGAGGAUCAUCUGGGAUCCAUUCCAGGCUUGAGCACGUCAGGAGUCUUAUGCGCCAAAUCCAUCGCUCUGGUCGCCGUCAUCGCCUUUUUUGCGUGGGAGUUUCGGUCAUGGUAUCGCCUGCGAAAGAUCCCUGGGCCUUUCCUAGCCUCGAUCUCAGUCCUUUGGCAAUUGAAAAAGGCAAUUGGGGGAACAUAUCAUGAGCACCUGAAUGAUAUUGCGAGGGAAUAUGGACCCCUUGCUCGCAUAGGGCCCAACGAGCUCCUCUGCACAGACCUGGACUCGCUGCGCAAGAUGUCGGCUGUCCGCUCGCCGUACACCAAGGGCGACUUCUAUGACUCCGGCCGGAUCACUCCGGGCGUAGAUAAUGUUGUCUCGAUGCGGGACGAGAACGAACACAAAGCUAUGAGGGCGAGAAUGGGACCGGCCUAUGCCGCCAAAGAGAAUGAAGGUUAUGGCUUUGAGAUCGGGAUCGACCGCCAGCUCAUGAAUUUGGUCAGCCUGAUAGACCGGCAUUACGUUUCUACCGACUCGGAAUUUUGUCCGCUGGAUCUCGCCGAGAAGACACAGUUCUUUGCGCUCGACGCUAUUGGCGAUGUUUCCUUCGGUGGUGCAUUCGGGUUUCUUGCAGAGGACCGGGACCUGUUUCGGUACAUUGAGAUCAACGAGUCGUCUUUACCGAUCAUGAAUGUCGUUUCGGUGCUUCCUUGGCUUGGAAGACUUGUUCAUAAGUGGCCUUUCAGGCUCAUGUUACCCAAAGAGGAUGACCAGAUCGGCUUUGGUCGUUUGAUGGGCUUCGCUAAAAAUUACGCUGAAAUGAGACUUCAACCCGGCGCGAAGCCCCAGAAAGACAUGAUGCAAGCUUUCAUCAACCAAGGUCUCGGUAAAGAUGAACUUAUCCAACUUGUGUACAUUCACAUGAUCGCUGGCACAAACUCGGCAGCACAAGCCAUGCGCAUGACAUUAUUAUCGUUAAUUAACAAUCCAGUUGCGUAUCGUCGGCUCCAGCAGGAGAUUGACGAUGCCAUUGCCGCUGACCUAAUCAGCUCCCCCAUCACCAAUGCCGAAGCCCUUAGACUUCCAUACCUCCAAGCGGUCAUCCGCGAAGGCCUGCGUUUUUACCCUCCUGUCACUGGCCUCGGCUUCAAGCAAGUACCAGAGGGCGGAGAUGUCCUAAACGGCUACUUUAUUCCUGGCGGCACCCAGAUCGGACACAAUUUCUUCGGCGUCGGACGCUCACUCUGGGUGUGGGGUCCGGAUGCCGAUGUUUUCCGCCCAGAGAGAUGGCUUUCGGCAAAUGAGGAUGAUCUCAGACGAAUGAACGCCGCAGUUGAUUCUCACUUUGGCCACGGUAAAUACUCUUGUCUCGGGAAACCGAUCGCCGUGAUGGAGUUAAACAAGGUCUUUGUCGAGCUAUUGAGGAGAUAUGACUUCACCGUGAUGAACCCAGAAAAACCAAUCAAGACUCUCAGUGCGAUUUUCUUUGUCGCCAGGGACUUUUGGGUGAGGUUGACUAGGCGUCCAACGAGGGAAUAACGGACAGCCGGCUUCAAUCCUUCUCCCGUAAUCAAUGACUGCUACGAAUUAUCGAUGUUUUCUUCUCGUCACAUCUUCUAGGGAGUGAAUCUCCCACUUGAGGCAGUCUAGUGAUACCCUUAUCUUCCAAUGGGUUUUAUCAAGUAAGGGCUGCAACGCGGUAUUUGUAAUUGAAAUAAUGGAUUGU